AAAAAUUUAUAAAACACCAUGUUGAUGGACUGAAUUGCCUCUGCAAAAACUGUUGGCUGCAGUAACUAGUAUACACAUCAGUGUUUGUUAUUCAGUGCCUUGGUCGCUUAAAUUAUAUCUCCAUUGCAAAUAUGCAAGGAACUGAGAGAGAGGUUACUAUGCUGAGGGAUGUGUUGUUAUCCCACAAUAUUAUGACAGAGAGGUGUUUCAGCACAUGCAUUACCAAGUUCAGACAGAAUAAACUCACUGAUGAAGAGUCAUCCUGCAUUGACACCUGUGUAGGGAGAUACAUGAAUUUUAACCAAAGACUGAUGUCAUCAUUUUUUGAACAGCAGCAGGCUAGAAUGAAGGCUAUAGCAGAGGAGCAAAAUGCACAGGUUCCACCGCAACCGGAAAUUGUCCAGAAAACUUGAUAUUUACUUCAUCACUCUUAUGUACAUUAACUCACCUCGGAACAAUUUUCACUUUACUUGAAUGUUAUGAAAACUGAAUGAGUGUAUUUUACUUUGUAUGUUGAUUGGUACUGGUUCAAGACAGUUUUUGAAAACUGUUCAUUAAUGAUUGUAGGAUAGAAAUUAGAAAAACAAGAUCACAUUUAUACAUUUUGAUUCCAUGAAUGAUUUUAAAUGAAAUAAAUGAAUGUAAUGUUCAGUGACCCUGAACAAACUUUCAAGGACAAAGGUUUUGGUAAUUGCAGACGUGUAAAUUAAGUUGUCCAGAUCAAUAUAUACUGUGGAAUCAUUUAAAUUAGUGGGGGCCAAUUUUUGUGGAUUUUGGGUUGUUUGCUUAUUUGUGGGGCUGUAAUUUCAUAGAUGUGUCAGUUUUCAGCUUCAGUAAAAGGGAAAACUAACUCCUUCAAAGUUUGUUUUGAUAGAGGAUGUAAAUUCUUGGGGAAGGGCUAUACCCAUGAAUGCCACAAAAAAUUGAGCCACCACAAAUUCUAAUGAUUCCACAGUAUUUUUCCCUUUGUCCAUCUUAACUCAUACUUCACAUACUGCCUUAGGAUAGGGAGUGGGCACAAGUGUUUCCAGGUGAAGAUCAUAACAGGUUUAGAACUUUGUGAGAAACCCUGGUUCUACCCAAGAUUCUCUCCCCUUUGUCCCUUAUACUAGUAUGAGGCGUGCCAUUAGAGAUUACAUGUAUUACCAUCUCAAUGAUGUAUAAUUAUUUAUCGUACAUGUGUAUAUGUAAUCAAUAGCAUAUUCAAUUAUUCCUUUUGGCAGUCAUUGAUGUAAUGAAAAGUAAGGCAAAUUCAUAGCGGAAGAGGAUGUAUUUAGAGGUCAUUAACCCUUCGUGCAUGUGAGAGAGAGAGAGAGAGAGAAAGAAAGGAGGGGAUCAGAGAAUAGAACCCAUUUAAAAAAACAAAAAAACUAGGUAACACUCUGGACGCAUAAAAUUUGUUAUAGAUAUUUUGAGAUUCAUUUUGAUUUCAUUAAAUUAGAACUAUGUUUAAACUUGAAAUAUUCAAGAAUGAACAGGAGCUAUAUUAUCGCCAAUGAAAGCUAUGUUGUUAAAAAGCAAAAUGCACACAUACCGGUAGCAAGGGUAGUGUAUAUUCCUUCCCUCACAUUUCAUUGAAUGGCAAAAUCCAACCAUGCAGUCUAAAGGUUCAGUAUUUCAGGAAAGAAAUUAAGAAAGAAAUGUUAAUUAACAUUCUAUCGUGAUACAUAACGGGCUUUUAUGAUAGAUACAGACAGAGAGAGAGAGAGAGAGCAGCAACACGCAUGAUUUAGGAUAUUCGAUGAUAUAAACUUUUCCCAUAAAUUAUGUAUAUUACUGUAUACACGUUCGGUAUAAAA